GCUGGCGGUGCUCGACGACGACGACUAGGUGCUCCCGAAGUCGAGUAGGAACGCCUGUAAUUUUUGGAACCGUGCGGAAGGAACGUCAGAAGAACGUCACAUUGUUGCAUCAUGGCAUCGAAUCCGAAGUAUGCUGAACUUCCUGGCUUCGCUAUCGAUCAGCCGGACAUAUACGAAACUGAUGAUUUGCCUGAAGUAGAUCAAGCCUCCGAGGGCGGGGAUGACAGUGAAGCAGUCGAGGUGCUGCAUAUAUCGACAAAAUAUGCCUACAACAAGUUCAAAGACUGUCGUAUCGACAGCUCGAAGACGGACUUCUCGGAUCAUCUGAUAUUCGGUAGAAAGAAAGGCUACAACGUUACAUAUGGGGAAUGGGAGCUCAGUGACGAUAAGGAGAAUGAGAGUCUACCGCAACGGUACCAUAGGAUAAAAACAGAGGUGAAGCAAUUCCUGGAGGAUGUGACAGCUAUCGAACAAGGGAAACGGCCGGACAACCAUGAGGUUCUCCUGGCUGACAUGGAAAUGCUCGAGAAAUUGUUAGCCGAAGUGAAUCUCGAAGCUGUCGUCGGUGAAGGACCCGGCGGCGACAAAAACGGGGAGAUAUCCAAACGCUUGCUGGAGCAGUUGUCGUCUCUCAGGAGCGAACCUGUGCAGGAAUCGAAGAAAGCACCCAAAGACGCGAAAGGAUCUUUGACAUACGAACUCUUCUACAAACCAGAAUACAGUAAACUGCAGCAGAGCCAGCAGGUCGCAGCUCUGGAAGAACGAUUGCGGCAGCUGGAAGCUACAGUAGGCGAAGACAAGCAGAAGGUAUCCAUGCUCUCCGCACAGACGGCCGGGAAGAGUCUUCAAGAUGUUUGCGAUGACCUUUCCUCGAAGCUCUUCUUGCUCGAUCCGGCGAAUAUAGAAAGAGUCGAAAGCCAGCUUGCGGGGCUCCACGAACGACUCGUCGCUGUAUCCGAACGAAAGCAGGCGUUGGACGAGGCACAGAAAUCCGACAAGAUUGCACAAAUGUACGAAGUUGCCCGGAAGGUUGAUCACCUGAUUCCGGGUCUAGCGAACGUACUGCAGACGCUCUCGAGCCUGCAAGAGCUGCAUGAGCACGCAUUGCAGUUCUCCAAGUGUCUGACAACUCUCGAGGGCCAACAGAUCGUCCUGGGGAGUCAGCUUGCCAAUGACGGAGAGCUCGUCAAGAAGAUGCAAGAAAGAUUGGAGAAAGAUGUUAAAACGAUCGCGGAAAACAUCGGGAAGCUCGAAGUCAGGAUGGAUGCUUUCAAGAAGUAAACGGCUCCACGUCGGAUUUCGGAUCCA